CUCUCUAACUCACACACCCAUUUUGUAACGUUAGAUCCUCCUUUUAACCCUCAAGGUGAGGGUGUGGGAGAAACAGUGAAUAAGGAGUUUCUCUAAAACGCUCCGAAUCGAUCUCUUUGGCAUAUCGCGCAUCAAACAGCACCGGGACGCACAUCUGCCAUUGCGGAAUCUAUUAAAACUUUUCCAUAAGCAGCUGGUGACAGCAGUGGAUCUCAGGUGAUCUGGAAAUAUCCGACCAUGGCCUGGGGUAUAUCGCCUGCUGUUGCUUUUCUGUUUUGUUUCGGAUUAUCGCAUGUGUUUGAGGUUGAAGCCAGAUUCCAGAACUCUGUGGCCCUCCACAGGCAGAAGAGAGAAUGGAUCGUCCCUCCCCAAAUCUUAGAAGAGAAUGUGGAUUACACCAAGAGAGAAUUCAUUGCAAAAAUUCGCUCAGAUAGGGAAGACAUCCAACUGAAAAAUGUGAGGUACUCACUGAAGGGCAUCGGUGCAGACCAGAACCCCUUCAAUUUAUUUGUGGUGAAUCCUGAAACUGGAUAUGUAAGGAUAACAGGGCUCCUUGAUAGAGAGCAGAUCGCACAAUACAAUCUUUCAGGCAUUGCUACAUUCAGAGAUGGCACAAUUGCAGAGAAUGACAUUGGGUUGAGAAUAAAAGUGAAGGAUCAGAAUGAUAAUAAGCCUGUUUUCGGGCCAAUGGAACCUGGGAAUGUAUACGAGCUCAGUCCAGUAGAUACAUCAGUGAUGAAGAUAAAUUGCUUUGAUGCUGAUGAGGUAGGGAACCCAAACUCUCAAAUCAAGUAUGAGAUUGUUGAGCAGCAGCCAGCUGGGGAGCAGAUGUUCAGAGUUGAUCAUGACGGGACAGUCCGUGUUAUCAAUCCUAAACUGGAUAGAGAGACAAUUGAUCAGUAUGUCCUGCUUGUCAGAGCAUCUGACCUGAACGGAGCCCCGGGCGGCAAUGAAGCCACAGGAACAGUCAUCAUCCAGAUCAAUGAUGUCAAUGAUAAUGUGCCUGUAUUGCAAGGCCCAUUUGAAGCCACUGUUGACGAAAAUACAGAGAAAAUAGAGGUGAUGAGACUUAAAGCAAAAGACCUGGAUCUUGAGAACACGGACAACUGGGUGACUAAUUGCUUUAUUGCAUCAGGCAAUGAGGCUGGAUACUUCAGCAUUCACACUGACCCAAAGACCAACGAUGCAGUCAUUAUGCUUGACAAGGCUGUUGAUUAUGAGGAUGUCAAAGACCUGAACCUUGGCAUUGGUGUAAAGAACAUUGCUCCGUUCCACCCCUCUGUGACUGGAGGACAAGAUGGAAUAAACAUAAACUUCGGUGGUGACGGUGCUGGCGCAGGAGGAGGAGGUGGUGGCGGCGGUGGAGGUGGAGGCGGUGGCGGCGGUGGCGGCGGAGGCGGCGGAGGUGGUGGAGGUGGAGGCGGAGCCGGAGGCGGAGGAGCUGGCGGUUCAUGGUCAACGUCAGGGGGUCAGAUGUACAAUGUGAAAAUAAAGGUGAGAAACCAGCCAGAAGGACCCAAGUUCAUUCCCCUAACAAAAGCCAUUCCCAUCUCUGAAGGCAAGACUUUUAACAGCAAUGAGGUCAUCGCAAAGUACCCGGCCACUGACACAGACACAGGAAAGGAAGCUACCAACGUGAAGUAUGUUAAAGGAUUUGACCCAGAUAACUGGCUGACCAUCGAUGAGAAAACUGGGGCCAUUAAAAUGAACAAGGCUCCUGACCGCGAGUCCAAGUUUCUAGCUAAUGGCACUUACUACGCCCAUAUUUACAGCAUAACUCAAGACUUGCCUUCGAAGACGGCAACAGGUACCAUUGCCAUCCAGGUAGAGGAUUUUAAUGACCACUGCCCAACUUUGGCAAGCAAAGUCAAGACACUUUGCACUGAAAAGGAUGCCGUCUUAGUCACUGCAGUGGAUGAAGAUGCGCCACCCAAUGGAUCCACACACACCCAAAAUUUUCCCACAAAAAAAAAAAAGGAAAAAUACACUCUAGAAUAUCAAAACUAUAUGUAUCUGUUUUUCUUCUUAUCAGAUACCACUGCCAUCUUCAGAACCCAUGAAAAGCUGUGGCCAGGAGAAUACGAGCUGACGGUGGACGUCAAGGACCAGCAGGGAUUGUCAUGUCCAGAACCUCAGAAAAUUCAAGUGGAGGUGUGCACCUGUACCGACCAGGGAGCUUGUUCCCGAACAGAAGAAAAAGAAACAAAUCAAAAUUAAAAAAUAAAAACAGGAUCCAGGUUUGGACCUGCUGGAAUCGGCCUUCUCUUCCUCGGACUGCUUUCAUUAUUGCUCAUCCCACUCCUGUUGCUGCUGUGUCAGUGUGGAGCUGCUGGGAUGACGGGAACUUUCACAGACAUGCCCUUUGACACUAAAGAGCAUCUCAUCUCUUACCAUACCGAGGGCCAGGGGGAGGACAGGGAUGUUCCACUGCUUGAUGUUGUUGACGGACGAAAGCUGAGCUUUAUGUCGAAAGAUGGGGUGGGUGGUAUGUACUUCGCAGGAGGAGCAGGAGGAGCGUUAGGAGCAGGAGGAGCAGGAUUCCUGGACUCCACUUCCACAAUGGGUGGCCGUGGCUACAAUGAAAUGGAAAUGUCCUACAUGGACUCGAUCAGGAGAAGUGACACUCUUAGGAGUAGAGGAGGGGCUGGAGAUUUUGACGGAAUGGCCGUGUCUGAUAUGUUCCUGGGUGAAUACUAUUCACAGAAAAGCCGUGCAAUAGAGGAUGGAUUUGGUAAGAAUGAAGCUGUGGCGUAUGACUAUGAAGGGAAGGGCUCUCCUGUGGGCUCUGUGGGCUGCUGCAGCAUCCUCGAAGAUAACAAUGACCUAGAGUUUCUCAAUGACCUCGGGCCCAAGUUCACUACUCUCGCUGAAAUAUGUGGCGGUAAAAAGACUGAGGUCUCAGCUCCUCUUCCUCCCCCUCCCAAACCCAUCGUGGACCGUACAGAGGUGUCUUCAUCAACCAAUGUUAUAAAUUCUGGAAAUAUUGCCACUAACAGUGCUGUAUCUUCAAACACACUGAAUACAGCUUCCAACACGGCUAUAACAUCAUCUACUCGUGUGGAGAACUUCCUUGUCACAGACAACCGGCCCACAGUGAUUACGAGCGUACAACCUGCUCCAACAGUCCUGAUGCAACCCCAGCCAAUGUACUACAUGGUCGAGUCACAGCCCAGCACGGUACUGCUCACUGAAAGCCCUGCCAUGGGACAGAGCAUGUACGUGCUAAACAGCAGUCCAGUAACCGAGGGGGUUAUAGUCCAGGGUGGCAACAUAGCAACGAAUACCCUGACCCGCGGUGAGAGAAUGGUGCUUGUGGAUAGAGGUGCACCAGCUCAGGCUGGGAUGCUGCACACAGGUAAUCUGUCUGGAUCACAAGUGCUCCUGGUAGAUGGGGGAGCCACGAGCGGUCAUGUCCUUCAAGGGGGUCAAGUCCUUCAGGGGACGCUUCAGAGAGGGUUUGCUGGAUCUCAGGGCCUGAUGGUUGUGGAAGGACAAGGGGGUCAAUUGAUUCAGGGGACCCUCAAAAAAGGUGUUUCCACUCACGGUGGAUCUCAAAAUGUCCUUUAUGUGGAGAGCAAAGGGGGAUCAGCUGUGAGCCAGGGUGGUCUUCAAAAGGGCACUGCAGGGUCAGUUGGUAGUGUUGGAUUUGGUGGGGCAUCUGUCCAGAUUAACCAAAAUCCCCAAAUCGUCCAAGAGAGAAAAGUUGUGACAACGCAAAGUAUCAAGUAACAACAAAACACUCAUACAGUACUUGUACAGUUGUAAAAGUGUCAGACGGUUUAGAAAACCAUACAAACCACAGUCUUCAGAGCUCAUGCAUGCAAAUCAUUUGAGUUUCAUGUUGUCAACAUGUUAGGUUAUAGAGAGUAUGCAAAUUAAUGCUUGAAAAACUGGUUUUUAAUGCCCUUGAGCGUUCUGGUAUCCCUGAGGCCAUUCCUGUGCAGUUUAUGCAAACAAGUAGAAUCUCUUCAAAAGACAUGUUGUUUUGUUUUUGUUUUUUAAUGAAAAGUAUGGUGCUGUAAACGACAAUUUAUCAAUUACUUACAAAUCAAGUGAACUACAAUGUAUAUUUAGUAGCAACCAAUAAAAAAAAUUAUUAUUCUUCAUCAACCACCAGCACUGGUAUGGUGUGCAAUUUUACAGUAUUUUCCAGUCCUCUUUUUAGUUACUGUUUGUAAACAAGUCUGAUUAGUAAGUCUGUUUAGAAGUCUGUGGUUUUUCUUUGCAGUGCCGUUAAAUAAAAAGACCAAACCCACAUUCCAAGCAAGAAUGAUAUGUAUGAAAUGAAUGUUAUUUAAAAGUUUCAUAAUUGUUUUUUUUUGUUUGUUUUUGUUUUUUUUUACUUUUAAGAAUAUAGUAGCUAACGCACCUUCUGUUUGUUUAGUCAUUGGAAUUUAAUACUAAAUACUAAAAAACAAACAAACAAAAAUACUACAGUCGUGGUGCUGGGAUUUUUCUAUUCAAAGCUCUGGUUUGGUUCAAUUUUUAUUUUUAUUUUUUAGUAGUUUGUUGAAGGGAUGGGCUUAUUAGCUGCAUGUUGGGAAAGAGUUUUACUGGUUUUGAGAGAUAAACUUUUUUUCAGGGGUCAAUUAAAUAUAUUGUAAAGCAGCAUAAGGUUGUUUAGAACUUCUUUUUUUUAAUGCUGAUUUUAUGUUGUGAUGUUUAUGUUGUGAUAUUGAUGUUUCAUAUGUUUCACUAUGGAUCAGAAUUCCAAAAGACAAUAAAGUGAUUUUAAUAUCA